GCUAUAUUAGUAAGCAAGCGCUGCAGAAGUUGAGGCUGGGACUUAAGGUCCAGAAACUGACAGACCCCAUAGUUAGUAUCCUCGCGGACAAUCGUACCAUGGUUGUAGAGGAUUACGUAGAGGGAGUUCAGGCAUAUUUCCGCCUAGAGAAAGAUGGGAAGGUGGAGAAGGUCCUCCACUCCCUAACUCUCCUCGUAGAGGACAACCUCCCGUUUGAUAUAGUACUGGGAAUUGAUUGGGGAGAGGCAGCCAGCGCAACGCUCCAUCUGAAGGAGCACGAGUGUAGACUCCCUAGUUCUGCAGGCGAGGCUAAGAUUGCCCGCCUGUUUCAUGUGUCAGGAGUAGAGAAUUCCUUGGCAUAUUGCUACCUUAGUGCCCCUGCGUUCGCCAGAUUGGUGAAGAAGGAGAAAUUAGAAGAACAAGUCUUUGUUGCCUAUGUUAGGCCCGUCACUGAGCCUACGGAAGAGAAGCCGAUGGACCCUGCGAUUGCCAAGCUGCUGGAGGAGUUUAAGGAUUUGACUGAGCCGCUGACAGGCACGGUGCCGCGGCCCAUCCAGCACCGUAUCGAGAUAGAGCCUGGCAGUAGAACUCCUAAGGGUGCUGUGUAUAGGAUGUCCCCUUGGGAGUUAGAGGAGCUUCGCAAGCAAUUAGACGAGCUCCUCGAGAAGGGUUGGAUUAGGCCCAGUUCGUCUCCUUUCCGAGCGCCUGUUCUUUUUGUUCCUAAGAAAGAGGGAGAGCUGAGAAUGUGCAUAGACUAUAGGGGUCUGAAUGCUAUUACAGUAAAGAAUGCUGAGCCACUGCCUAGGAUCGACGAUCUCUUAGAUCGAGUGCAGGGGGCUAAGUAUUUCUCUAAGAUAGAUUUAAAGUACGGAUAUCAUCAGAUAGAGGUACACCCUGAUGAUCAGUAUAAGACAGCCUUCCAAACUAGGUACGGGCAUUAUGAGUUUAUAGUGAUGCCCUUUGGACUAACCAAUGUGCCAGCAACUUUUCAGCGGUGUAUGAAUGAUUUGUUUAGGCCGUGGUUAGACAAAUUCGUUGUAGUUUAUCUAGAUGACAUCCUAGUGUUUAGCCGGACCCUCGAAGAACAUCGAGGUCAUCUCAGGCAAGUCUUGGAGAAGCUGAGAGAAGCUAACUUCAAGAUCAAUGCAAAAAAGUGCGAUUGGGCGAAGACCCAAGUUUUGUAUCCAGGCCACGUCUUAGACGGAGACGGCGUUAAGCCAGAAGAUAGCAAGAUCACAGCGAUUAGAGAUUGGCCCACGCCACGUACGCUGACAGAGUUGCGCUUGUUCCUGGGCUUAGCGAAUUACUACAGGAAGUUCGUAAGGAACUUCUCCACCAUUGCUGCGCCCCUUCGCAGAUUGCUGAGAAAAGAGACAAUCUGGAAGUGGGACAAGGACUGCACGUCCGCCAUGAAGAAGCUAAAGCAGGCGUUGAUAGAGUAUCCGGUCCUUAAGGUCGCCGAUCCGUCCUUGCCUUUUGUUGUUACUACGGAUGCUAGCCAGUACGGCAUAGGCGCAGUGUUACAGCAAGACGAUGGCAAUGGCUAUAGACCCGUAGAGUUCAUGUCCGCUAGAAUGCCUUCAGAGAAGGUUGCGACAUCUACCUAUGAGAGGGAACUCUACCUGUCUCUUAUACACAUCUAGAUGUGUAUAAGAGACAGGCUGUAGACUGUCUGAAGGGUCAAGGUCGUAGCUGCUACUUACCUGAAAGGGCAAAGUC